GUGAAUCUUCCCUUCGUCGACAUUCGCGCAUUGACAAUGCGAUUUCACGUUAUCAAACAAUAGGAGCUCCUCUAAGUUUUGGUAAGUUCGAUUUUCGAACACUGAUCACAUCGAAAAAUUGUGUGUCAUGUGUUUGGUGUGCGUGUACAUCGCGAAAACGCCAUAAGGAUCGCAUUUUCAUUGGCUACUGCACCGCAAUUUGAGUUCUCGUUAUCGUCGCUGACGCUUCAAUAACGCCAUUGUUAAAUAUGACAUGCUACUAUCAACAGGUAUCGAACUGUUUGUCGGUGGUUAUGUUUAUCAGUGCUUAUCAGCGGGCAGGCAGAAAAAGUGUGCUACAUGCAUAGACAUGUCGUAUAUUCCCCCUCCAGUGGCGCGCGAAAGGCGGAAAUUUGAAAAAUACUACACGCUCACACGUAUCUCUCGCGUCUCAUUAACGAUGUCUCAAGAUUACACUCCGUUUCUCUUAUCAGUUCACCGAUGUAACUGACGACUAAUUCACGUCCCGUGAUAAAUAACCUGUUGAUUGCCGGCAAGAUUCUUCUAGGAUCAUCGAUAUUUCUAUUAAAGUGAACAUAUUGGAGAACAUUGUCUUAUAAAGAUGGAUCAAACUGCAGGAGGACAAGAUAGUAUCGAUAAAUUGACUAAAAAUAAUGUGCAGCAGAAUCACAGGGAGAAAUCUUUAGAACCUGAGAGGCAAGGACAAUCUCUACUACCAAGAGCUGGUUGUAGCACAGCAAGACAAGCUAGAGAAUAUAUUCCAAGGUCUGGAAUGAAGAAGUACAAUAAUGCUCUGAAUAAUUUAAUACCAGUGCGAUUCCAGUCCCAACAGAAAGAAGAUGCACCAAUGGAUAAAGCUGGGUUAUUUUCUUAUGUGUAUAUAACUUGGAUGACACGCUACUUGUGGAAAGCUUACAAGAAAGGGCUUACGAUUAAAGACUUGCCGAGUAUCUCGACGUUCGAUUCUUGCGAGUACAAUACGCUUAGGUUAGAAGUACUGUGGCAACAGGAGCUAAGUAAAAAUGGUCCCAGCGCAGCCUCGUUCAGCAUGGUGGCGUGGAGAUUUGUGCGCACGAGAGUUUAUAUAUCGUGCAUUUUACUCACCUGUUCCCUUAUUUUUGGAUUCAUAAGUCCUACGAUAUUAAUGAGAAAGAUCCUGGAAUAUAUGGAAUCUCCAGAAGAAAACUUUUGGGAUGGCAUUAAGUGGGUUGUACUGCUAGCACUAUGUGAUUCCCUGCGCGCAUUUUUUUUUACUUGGACGUGGAACAUGAACUACAAGACCGGAUUACGACUGAAGUCAGCUUGUACGACUUUGUUGUACAAGAAGAUUAUCAAAUUAAAUAGUCUCGGUAGUAAAAGUACAGGAGAAGUGAUCAACUUAUUUUGCAAUGACAGUCAAAGGCUGUUUGACGUGAUCAUUUACGGACCGAUGAUCAUCUCUGGACCAAUAGUCAUAAGCUGUGGUAUAAUUUAUGUACUCUGGUUGUUCAAUCCUAUUUCUCUGUUGGGAAUGAUAGCCUUCCUCUCCUUUUAUCCAUGUCAGUUUUUGAUUUCACGCGCGACCGGUUACUUCCGUGAGAAGUCGAUAGUCAUCACGGAUUCUCGGAUACGCCUUAUGAGUGAGAUCCUGGAAUGCAUAAAAUUGAUCAAGAUGUACGCGUGGGAGAAAUAUUUUAGCCAAAAACUUCUCGCUAUACGCAAGAAGGAAGAACGUUGGCUUCACAAGAUUGCGUAUUUUCAAAGUCUUAGCAUUUCUCUAACGCCCGCUAUACCUGUGAUAUCCGCGAUCAUCACAUUUUUAGCAUACGUUGCCUCGGGCAAUGGAUUAACCGCUGCACAGGCUUUCCCAAUGACCACAUUAUUUGGGAAUUUGCUUAGGCUGGCGCUCACGUCACUUAGGGAUACCAUGCGAUAUUUUAUCACCGCUCUUCUAUCUCUUAGAAGAUUUAAGGUCUUUCCCUUCGUAUCGGUGCUCAAUGCUCAAAUUCGUACCUCUUUCAUGUUUUUGCAAGUGGCCUUAGUUAAUAUUACAGCAGCAAAGAUAACUUUUGGCAGAAUAAAGAGCGUGCUGCUGCUGGAAGAGGGCAAUUGCCAGGCGUCGAAGCCGAUCGUGCGGUCGCAAGCAGUGGCCAUCGCGAAUGGCAGCUUCGUCUGCGAUAGCGUGAAGCUUCAAAUGACGACGAACGCGUCGAUCGGCCACGGUGGUAAGAAGAAGAAGAUGCCGCCCCCGAACAACCCACAGGAGUUGGAGAGCCUGAAUCAGUCGGCGCAGGAAGCCAAAUAUUUCGAGGUUCUCAACGACAUUCAUUUCGGGGCGCCAAAGGGAAAGCUAGUCGGUAUCUGCGGCCACGUAGGCAGCGGCAAGUCCAGCCUCCUGCUGGCCGCCUUAGGCCAGCUGAGAAUGACGAAGGGCCACAUUUUGAGGGAAGGUUCCUGCGCCUAUGUCAGUCAGCAGGCAUGGAUUAUGAACGGCACUUUCAAGGAGAACGUCCUGUUCGGCGAGGAAUUCGACGCCAAGCGUUACUACCACACGAUCACGAUAUGCAACCUGAAGGAUGACCUAAACAUACUCCCGGGCGGUGACGAGACCGAGAUCGGUGAGAGGGGAAUCAACCUGUCCGGGGGACAGAGGCAGAGAGUCGCGCUCGCGCGAGCGUACUAUGCUAAUCGGGACAUCUACUUCCUCGACGAUCCUUUGAGCGCGGUCGACGCUUACGUGGGUUCAUAUAUAUUCGAGAAACUAAUUGUCGAGGCCCUUGGGAACAAAUCCGUCCUCUUUGUGACAUACAACAUCCAAUUCCUGAAACGUUGCGACGAAAUCUACAUGAUGAGCGAAGGCAAGAUUGUGGAGCACGGGACACACGAGGAACUUAUGCGGCUUGACAGAGAGUACGCAUCGAUGGUGAGAAGCGGCAUCAUCGCAGUGGAAGAUAAUAUCGGAGAACCCACGGGGACGGUGCAGCAAAGUAUCCUCAGUGAUGACAAUUUAGAUUCUCAGAACACUGUGGCGGAACUCGAGAGCAAGGAAAAUUAUACGAAAGAAAAGUUAUACAAGGGCAAGACUUUAACAGUAGAAGAGAAAACUGAAACGGGUGCCGUUAAGUCGUACACUUAUCACAUGUACAUACAAGCCACAGGUGGUUAUCUCGUCGCAAUUCUCGUAUUCCUGACGUUUUUCUUGAACGUGGGUAGUUCAGCGUUCAGCACCUGGUGGCUCGCUGUGUGGAUCAAAGCUGGCGGCGGUAACGUGACCUUGCCUGGAAGCAACGAGACUGUGUAUUCGGGGAACAUAAACGCCAACCCGGACUUCUCGUAUUACAAAAAUAUCUAUACCGCGUGCAUCGGUGGCAUAUUAUUGACGAGUUUAAUUCGCGGCUUCGUGAUUAUGUUUGCAACGAUAAGAGCCUCGACCACAUUGCACAAUACGUUUCUCCGCAAGCUGAUCGGUUCCCCGGUGAAGUUCUUCGAGACUACUCCUAGCGGUAGAAUCCAAAAUGUGUUCAGUCGAGACGUGGACGAAAUUGACAAUUACUUACCUAUAUCGAUAGAGAACAUGGUGCAGAACAUUUUCACUUGUAGCUUUGCCAUAUUUUUCAUCUGUGGCGUAUUGCCCUGGUUUUCCUUACCAUUACUUCUAUUCGGUGGAUUGUUCUUCUUCGUUAGUAAAUUAUUCAGGAUAGGCAUGAGGGACCUGAAGAGAAUGGAGAACGUCUCACGGUCUCCCGUUUUGAGUUUCGUCACCACGACGAUCCAAGGUCUGAGCACGAUCCACGCGUUUCAAAAGGAGAAGAAUUUCAUAUACAAAUUCGAGGAUCUGUACAACAUGAACAAUCUGUGCCAGUUUCUGUGCCAAGCCGCGAUGAGAUGGUCCGCGGUAAGACUGGACAGCUUAGUGAUUGCUUCAUCUUUCGUAACUGCGUUACUCGUGAUCUUCCUCAAGAAUGAACUGUCGCCGGCUUUCGCCGGUCUAGCAAUGGCGUACUCGACUCAGAUGACCGGCGUUUUCCAGUACACCGUCAGACUGAUGUCCGAGACGGAAGUACGUUUUAUAAGCGUGGAAAGAAUCAGUUACUACCUCAAGACUUUACAGAGAGAAGGCGCGAGCAAGACGGUCGACGUUAAACCGGCGGACAAUUGGCCUUCGUGCGGAAAAAUACAAUUCAAAUCGGUUCAAAUGAGAUACAGAGAAGAACUGCCGCUCGUGCUGAUUGAUGUAUCCUUCAGCGUUAAAGCUGGAGAGAAAAUAGGUAUCGUGGGUCGUACCGGAUCCGGCAAAAGCUCUUUGAUCGUGGCUUUAUUCCGGCUGGUUGAGAUUUGCGAAGGCGUCAUUAAGAUCGACGGUAUCGACAUCUCGAAGUUGGAAUUGGAUGUAUUAAGAAGUAAACUGUCAAUCAUCCCGCAGGAUCCAAUUUUAUUCAGCGGCACCAUAAGAUCGAAUUUGGACCCUUUCCAACAGCACGCCGACUCGGACAUUUGGGACGCUCUCGAGAAGACACGAAUGAAAGACAAGGUGUCCCUCAUGCCGGGAAAUCUCGACGCUUCCGUUGGCUUCGGCGGGAAUAACUUGAGCGUCGGCGAGAGACAGCUUCUUUGUCUGUCGAGGGCCUUGCUGCACAGCGCUAAGAUAUUGCUGCUUGACGAAGCCACAGCGGCCGUUGAUCCCGAGACCGAAGCGGCGGUGCAGAACACCUUGCAGACAGAGUUUGUCGAUUGCACUGUACUUACGAUCGCUCAUCGGCUGCAAACGGUCGUUGCGUCCGAUCGCAUUCUCGUCAUGAGCGACAGCAGGGUCGUCGAAUUCGACACGCCGGCCGUUCUACUUUCUCGGCCGGACUCCGAAUUCUCGAAGCUCGUGGCCGCUGCGGAGAAGAACGCCGCGUGAAAGACAAUCUCCGUUGAAGAGAGAUCUGACUCGCGAUUACAAUGUAUGAUUGGUAGGGCGGGCGGUAAAACUAAUUACACGCUAAUCUCGAGUUACACGAGUGAAUGGGGGAAAAAAACGAAAAAAGGAAGAGCGCAAAGCGUCGUCUUACAGAAUGAAACAUUAACGAACGUACAGAGCGACUAAUACAAAUAAACGACUUUUUCAUAUGUUUUUUUUAACUUGCGAGCUUGCACGAAAAUACGAGAAAAAGAGAGAAUAUAAUACAUCACAAAUGUCUUUCUAAUAUCCAUCUUUCCACAUUUCCUUCACUUUCGUAGCGCAAUCAGCUCGUUGCAAUAAUAUUACCGUUACUCAAGUUAUUUAAGUUAGAUUUAUUAAUUUAACAUCCAUUCUCGUAUAACGAGUAAAUCGUAGAUUUUUAAUGUGUCGAGGAUCAAAGUUACGCGUCGAUAUAUGCGGCGGAUAUUGUUAAGUAUUAUUAUCGACGACGCGGAGACAUUCACUACCUAACGAUUUAAAGAAUGAUUGAUUGAACUGAGUGAGAAUACUCGCGGAGAGCGUGCCUGAGACGCGACGAGAUUAAACCGUGUCGGAGUCUCGCGAUUUCUCUCGGGAAAUUUGCGCGCGCUUCGAGAUAAUGAAAUAUUGAUUUUCUCGUGAAAUGACGACGCGCGCACACCGCUCAUGCCCGCACACGCUCGGACCUGCGUUCGGUCGGCGUUGCUGGACAGCUGGCGACACGGUCGGGAAAAUGUUCGUCGCGACACCGCCAGCUUGUUAUUAUCUCUGAGAUGUUUAUCGCACGUUGAGCAUUACCGUUAUUUUAUAUUUCCGAGAUGUAGUCUAUAGAAAUUGCCGUAAAGGCAGCGUUUGUCGUUCCAUAAACAGUUAACAGAAAGGUAAAUACUUCGAUAUACUCUCGAUAUGUCUCUAGUUUGUCGAUACAUGAAGACGUCUGUAUGCGAGCGAAUUAGAUCUUUCCUUAAGUUCUAUUUUCUUUUUCUAAUAUGAGCCGUUACGUUAUUUUUAACAUAUUGUGUUUCAAUUUCUUCGAAUACGCGCAUAAAUAGUGCGUGAAAAGUGAGCUAUUCUUUAUGUACAUGAUAAAGUAUAUAACUGUAUAUAUACUCUUUCGUAUUUA